UCAUCGCGGGAAACAUGUUGGACAUCAACCUAUUCUUAGCGGAAAAGGGUCGCAACCCCGAACUCAUCCGCGAAUCCCAACGGCGUCGAUUCGCCAGCGUUGAAGUUGUUGAUGAAGUUGUCCAUCUCCACCAUCAAUGGAGAAAUCUUCAACGCGAGGUGCAUAUUCUCGGACUUAACGGGUACCUUAAGAAAAUCUCUGCAGCCAAGCUUGCCGGUGAAGACGCAACUGAAUUGAUUGCUCAUUAUGAAGCGAACGAGAGAGAGAUAGCUCUGCUAAAGGCUGAGUCUAAUAAAAUUCUAAACAGCAUGAAUUCUAGAUUGGAAACCAUUGGUAACCUCAUACAUGAUUCCGUUCCAAUCAGCAACGAUGAGGCCGAUAAUGUCGUGGUUAGAACAUGGGGAGACAAAAGAGUGGAACCUAAACUCAAGAAUCAUGUGGAUCUCGUUGAGCUUCUCGAGAUAGCAGAUUUCAAGAAAGGAGCUGAAGUAGCUGGAGGUAGAGGUUUCUAUCUCAAAGGAGAUGGUGUUCGGCUUAACCAAGCUCUAAUCAACUUCGGGCUUGAGUUUUUGAAGAAAAGGGAAUAUACCUUAUUACAAACUCCUCUCUUCAUGAGAAAAGAUAUAAUGUCCAAGUGUGCACAAUUAGCACAAUUUGAUGAAGAACUUUAUAAGGUAACUGGUGAAGGAGAUGACAAAUAUCUGAUUGCAACAGCAGAGCAGCCACUUUGUGCAUAUCAUAUAGAUGAUUGGAUCCGCCCUAGGCAGCUACCCCUUAGGUAUGCUGGAUAUUCAUCUUGCUUUCGUAAAGAAGCUGGAUCUCACGGUCGGGAUACUCUAGGAAUAUUCCGAGUUCACCAAUUUGAGAAAGUAGAGCAGUUUUGCAUUACCUCCCCAGUUGACAAUGAUUCAUGGGUCAUGCACGAGGAAAUGCUUAAGAAUUCUGAGGAAUUUUACAAGGCGUUGAACAUUCCUUAUCAAAUUGUUUCCAUUGUAUCUGGUGCUUUAAAUGAUGCUGCCGCGAAGAAGUAUGAUCUUGAAGCAUGGUUUCCAGCUUCUCAAACUUACAGGGAGUUGGUAUCCUGUUCAAAUUGUACUGACUACCAGGCCAGAAAACUAGAUAUUCGAUAUGGACAUAAGGAGAGCAUUGUGCAGGUGAAGCAAUACGUUCAUAUGUUGAACUCUACUCUCACUGCUACAGAGAGGACCAUUUGCUGCAUACUAGAGAACUACCAGAAGGAGGAUGGGGUAGAGAUACCAGAAGUCCUCAGGCCAUUCAUGGGUGGAAAGACUUUCCUGCCCUUCAAGAACAAACCGAAUAGCGAAGCCAAAGGGAAGAAAUCGAAGGCUUAAUAGCAUUCUUCUGUGAUGAAAUCCGAUUCAGAAACACGGAUUUUAUAAAGUAUUCUAUAGAUUUCAAAAUUUUGUUAGAAAUUAUCCUAUAUUUUACUCUCUCCCGUCUCAUAUAUAAGCAAAUUUACAAAAAAGUUCACCCUUUAAGAAGAAUAAUUUUUACACUAUUUCUAAUUUUGUCCAUUUUUUUUGCUUUGGAAAUCGUUGCAAACAUUAAAAUGUAAAACAUGGUUAGGAUAUAUUUGGAAUAGCUACAUUGAAUGUAAUAAUU